AUGGUCGAAAAGUCGAGAGGCACGGCAGCAGCCUUUCCGGAUCUCUCAAACAAGCUAUCCAAUCCGCCCUCUAAAAAGUCCCUCUUCGAACGCCAGAAAGCAGAAGCCGAGGCAAAGCGAAUACGCGAGGAGAAGGAGACAGCGGCGGUCUACGAAGACUUCGUGAAGAGCUUUGACCAAGAUGACGAAAAUGAAGAGCUGUUGACAGCGGUGGGACAUGGCACGAGUGGCAGGGGAGCAUUCGGCGGGGGCAGAGGCGGUAUAUUCGGUGGCGGAGGAGGACCAGGAAAGCGCCAUUUUACUGCCCGCGGAGGGAAGAAUAGCGGACCAGGAAGUCUGGGUCCAGGUCCGGGAAGCAAGAGUAGUGGACCUGGGAGUCUCGGUCCCGUCCCGCCAGCAGGUGGAGGAUAUCGUGGACAGAAGAGGCCAUUCAAUGAAUACGGCAGAGAUCGAGAUCACGAGCGAGAUAGCGGAAAUGGCAUGUUCUCUUAUGAUGACCAUGACAGAUCCUCCUCUGGUGCUGUCUCGAGUCUGGACGCCGCUACAGCAUUCCGCACAGAUGAAAAUGAAGACCAAAAGGCUGCGGUGGAGAAGGCAGCCCCGAAGCCAACGUUGCAUCUCUCCUCGCUACCGCCGGGGACAUCUCCCGCACUCAUCAAGUCGAUCAUAUCUAAUUCAUCCAUUCCCGUGGACAAUGUCCGCAUCCUGCCUAGCAAUCACUCCAGUCAUUCUUCAGCAGACCGCAAAUCCACCUCGGCAAUCGUCACCUUGCCCACUGACACCCCGGCAGCAGAUAUCGACACUCUCGUCUCCCAGCUGCAGAACAAGUAUCUAGGCUUCGGCUUCUACUUGUCCCUAUCACGACAUCUUUCCUCCACUACUCUCGGUACUGGCGGCGUUACUGCGCCCAGCACUUCCCUGAACAACCUCCCCUUCGGCGCCCGAUCCGUCCCGCAACACACCAACCUCAGCCGUGGCGCUCCUCCACCAGGGCUUGGCGGCCACAGGGGCGGCUUCGCACCACCAGCAAGCUACACCUCCUCAAGCCCCUACAGUCAGCGCGGCAGAGAUCAACCAACCCAAGUGAUCGUCAAUCCACCUUCGGAUCUCAAACAGUUAAAACUAAUUCACCUUACCCUCGAAGCACUUCUCACCCACGGCCCAGAAUUCGAAGCCCUCCUGAUGUCGCGGCGAGAAGUCCAACGCGAUGAGAAAUGGGCUUGGCUCUGGGACGCGCGGAGUAGAGGCGGAGUCUACUACCGCUGGCGUCUAUGGGCUAUAUCCACGGACGCCGAUCUUCGCGGCAGACGAGGAGCCAGCAAUGGAGCGCAAUUCGUCUUUGAGCAUUCCUCGCCCUGGGUACCUCCCGACACGGGGCUAAAAUUCGAGUACACGACCAGGAUGGAGGAGUUCAUCGAAGAUGAGGCGUAUGAUUCGAGUGAUGAGGAGGAUUACGAUGAUGAUGCGCGCAUGCAGCGGCGGAGAAGGGCUGACCAACUGGCUGAGGGAAUGGGUGGAGGAGGGGGAGGUGGUGUAGAUGCUACUGCUGCAGAUGCAGAUGGAACGGGCUAUCUGAAUCCGCUUGCGAAAGCGAAGCUGGUACAUCUCCUUGCCAGACUUCCUGAUUCGAACACCAAACUGAGAAGGGGAGAUGUCGCAAGGGUAACUGCCUUCGCAAUUGAACAUGCUGGCGAAGGCGCGGAUGAGGUGGCGUCCAUUAUUACCGCCAACGUGCGCAGGCCCUUGUCUUUCACUAGCGCAAACCCGGAGAGACAGCAGGAUCAGCACCAGCAACAGCCUCAAACCGCAGCAGCAGCAGCAGCAGAACAAGAGACCGAAGAGAACGCCAAGUCGUCCGCACCGCUGGAGAAGAGAGACACCACCGCGGCAAGCCUCGUUGCCCUUUACAUAAUCUCCGAUAUCCUCAUGUCCAGCACCACGUCCGGCGUCCGUCACGCCUGGCGCUAUCGUGCUCUUUUCGAAAACUCGCUCAAGCUCCAGGAGACAUUCCAGUACCUCGGCGGAGUGGACAGAGAGUUGGGUUGGGGGAGGCUGAAGGCGGAGAAAUGGAAGAGGAGCGUGCAGAGUCUGUUGAGUAUGUGGGAGGGGUGGUGUGUCUUCCCGCAGGCGAGUCAGGAAGGGUUUGUGGAGGGAUUUGUGAACCCGCCUGGUUUGAAGCAAAUGAAGGGAGAGGCUGAGAUGGAGGAAGAGAGGAAGAAGAAGAAUGUGGGAGGGGUGGGGAAGUGGAAGAGCGUCGAGGAUGGUGGUGGGGUCGCGAAAGAUGAGAAGGGGGAUGCGGAGAUGGAGGAUGUGGAUGGUGCGCCCAUGGUUGACGAGGAUGAAGAUGCAGAAUUGGAUGGUGUGCCUAUGGAAGACGAUGAUAUGCUGAUGGGCACGGACGAGGAUCUGGAUGGUGAGCCGAUGAUUGACAGUAGUGACGAGGAAGCCCAGACGACAGAGCCAAUUGCCGAGGUGCAGGGUGGUGAGAUGGGAUUGAAGGAGGUGGUGGAAGGAAGACCGAGUGAGAACAGGAGUCCCGCCGAUUCAAAGCAGAAUCCCGUCAAACGGCAGAGGCCUAAAGCUGUCGAUAUGUUUGCUGAUGAGUCGGAUGAAGAAUAG